AUGUCGCGCUGUAAGUGCUGCUCGCAUGGAGCUAUUGAUCCAGGGUUUCUGGUUUGGGGAGACCCUGACCAACAUCUGGGGGACAACAUCGUCAAUGCACUUCUGGAUGAAGCAUGUGAUACCAUCAAUGAACUUGGAGCAAACCUUUCCGAAGCUUGUUUUGUCUUUUCCGCCUGUUUAUGUUUUACUGGAAUUCUUAACAAGUGCCUCUCCAGCCCUUGCAAAAACAAUGCGACCUGCGAGGACCUAACCGAUGACUACAUUUGCCACUGUCCAAUGAUACCUGUGGCAUUCACAGGAAAGAACUGCGAGGAACUGUUCAACGUUUGUGCAUCAUAUCCCUGUCAACACAACGCAACAUGCAAGAGCAUUUUGGGUACCGCUGACUUCUCUUGUGAUUGCCCUCCGGAUCGUACUGGGACCAGCUGCGAAAGUUACAUUAACAAGUGUGCCAGCACUCCUUGCUUGAAUGGUGCUAUCUGUUUGCACAAUGCCACUGGCUAUAGCUGUAUUUGCCCUCUAGGUUACACUGGCACUGACUGUGGAACCAGUGUGAACGAAUGUGCACCAAAUCCAUGUGAAAACGGAGCCGUGUGUAAGGACAAGCUUAAUGGAUUUUCCUGCUUCUGUGUUCCUGGCUACCAGGGCAAACUGUGUGAGAUUGAAGUCAAUGAGUGUGCUUCAGAACCCUGCAGAAAUGAAUCUACCUGUGUGAAUGGAAUUGACAAGUACACCUGCAUCUGCCCACUUGGCUUGACAGGAACUCACUGUGAACUGGAAAUUAAUGAAUGCUCGUCUCAGCCUUGUCUGAAUGGGGCAACGUGUCAGGAUCAUUUUGCCAGCUACACGUGUACAUGUUCUGCAGGCUUCACAGGCAACAACUGUGAAGUAAACUUUGAUGAAUGUGCUAGUCACCCAUGUCAGAAUGGAGGGAAGUGCAUCAAUGAAGCAAAUGGGUAUAGCUGUGACUGUGUGAACACUGGAUAUACGGGUUUGCACUGUGAUUUCUAUGUCCCUGGUUGUCUUUCACAACCCUGUCUCAACAGCGCCACCUGCCAGGACACUGAUGGAAAUUACACCUGUCACUGCUGGCCAGGUUUUGUGGGGGCACGAUGUGAGAUCGAUAUCCCUGAGUGCUUCAGUAAUCCUUGUCUACACGGGGCAGAGUGUGUUGAACUCUCCUGGCGAAGCUUGUAUGGAAAUACAACUGAAUUGCCUGUAGUCUUUAGCUAUGAGCGUGCUUCUGGCUACAUCUGUAAAUGUCAGCAUGGAUUUACAGGCUCACAUUGUGAAAUGGAUGUUAACGAGUGUGAAUUAAGCCCUUGUCAAAAUGGAGGAACAUGCCAGAAUACCCUAGAGGGUUAUAUUUGUCACUGUCCGACAGGAAGUGAACAAGAGAUAUUUUACGGAGGCCAGAACUGUACAGACAUUCUAACUGGAUGCAAGAACCAUGAAUGCCAGAACAAAGCAACAUGCAUUCCUUAUGUGAUAGAUUCACAACACAGGUACCAUUGUCGCUGUGCUAAUGGCUAUAUUGGCUUGAAGUGUCAAUUAUCAACUACAUUUUCCUUUGCUGUCAGUGGACAUCUUCAUUUUAAAACAUCACUCACGGGGAGAAAUCAGAACUCGACGAAUAAACUUCCUUAUCAUGUAUUCCUAAGGUGUAGAACUGUGUUGUCCAAUGCACUUAUUUUUCAUAGAGGAACCAGAAAAACAUUUAUGAAAUUGGAAAUACUUAAUGGCCACUUAUAUGCAUCUCUGCAAAUAAGCAAUGAACUGGUCGCUGGUCUUGAGAUUUUUAAGAACGUAAGUGAUGGAGAAUGGCAUGCUGUGGAAGUGACAUUCAGCAGAAACUUUUCUGUCAAACUUUUGGACAAUUCGUGUUUGGAAGAGUGCAUGAUCCUGAAGUUUAUAGGAAUGGAGAGUGAGGAAUUUGCCACAGCAUUUGAAAACAUAUUCUUUGGGGGCAUGGAGGACAGCUAUGGAGGAUUUUCAGCAGCCACCCAGCCCCAGGCCUGGCCUCAUUUUAUUGGUUGCCUUCAGGACUUAACAGUGGAAUCAAAAGUAAUAGACAUGGGCGCUCUUACAGUUGACUCAGCACUGAAUGUGAAACCAGGGUGCAGCAAGAGCAGUUGGUGUCAGAGCAAUCCGUGCCAGGGCAAGGGUCAAUGUAUCGAUUUGUUGACCAAUUACACAUGUGAAUGUUCCAGACCAUAUAUUGGUUGGAACUGUUCUGAAGAAUUAAUUCCUGGUGGAUUUGGCUAUGAAGAUUCCAAAAGCUAUGCUUUGUUUGUCAUCGAUGAUGAUCCAGGAGAAGAAGUGAACAUAUCCAUGUUUGUUCGCUCUCACAAACCAGACGGUGCGCUGUUGAUCCUGAGGAACAGUAGUGUUCUCUAUCUACAGAUGGAGUUGGAAGCUGGCCACGUGGUAGUCCGAUCUCACUUGUCCAAACCUCUCACAAGUGAUCACUACAUCAUGGACAGUGAAUUUUAUUUAAUAACUGUGGAAUUAAAACAAAACACAAUGAAACUUGUUCAGAUGGGACAAGUGGUAGGUCAUGUACAAAUUCCUCCGAUUAGAAUUCGAACUGGUGAUGUAGUUUAUAUCGGAGGCUUGCCAGAUCAGCCACAGCAUGCUCAAGAUACAAGACACUUUGAAGGGUGCAUCCAGGAUGUAAAGAUCAACAACAAGAGACUUGAAUUUUAUCCCAUUAGUAUCCCCAAGGAGACUUACAGUAACAGAAUACUUGUCAAUAUAACAAGCGGCUGUAAUGGCAACAAUGCAUGUAAGGUACACCCUUGCUUGAAUGGUGGAAUCUGCUCUUCCAUCGAGGAUGACUUUGUCUGCAACUGUCCUUCGAAUACCUUGGGAAAAACCUGCAACCAAGUCCAGUGGUGCCAGCUGAGUCCAUGCCCGCAAGGUUCAAAAUGUCACCUGAUCAGAGGUGGAUCUGAUUGCCUUAUUAGUGCCACGUUUAAAGGAGAGGAAAGACUUACUUUCAGAGGGAAUGGCAACAUUAAGCGACAGCUCACCAAUGUUACGUUCAGCCUCCGGACAAGGGAAUCGAAUGCAGUUGUGCUCCAUGCAGUAAAGGAGCAAGAUUUUAUUACGGUUGGCACCCAGCAGGGCCAUUUAGUAUUUAUGAUACAAAGUGGAAACAGCUGGGGCAAUCUGAGUAUCUGCAGCUCAAAUCCGAUAAGCGACGGUCUCUGGCAUGAUGUUACUUUUCGCAUGAGUAACCCCUUGCUUCAGUAUUCCAGCUGGCAGCUGGAAGUAGACAGGAAAGAAAUUGUAACCAGUGCAACGGUCAGUGGGAACUUGAACUUCCUGAGAGCAGGAACAGACAUUUACCUAGGUGGUGGGGAUGAACACAAAGGAGGCAACUUCAAAGGUUGCUUGAACACAGUGAAACUUGCUGGCAUCUCUUUGCCAUACAUUGCAAUUGAUAAUAUGGAUAUUAUCCAACCUCAGCAAGAACAAUUUAUACAGACAUCCUUCAAAAUCAUUUUACUGGGCUGCCCAACGGAGAGUACUUGUUCAUCAAAUCCCUGCAAAAAUAACGGCAAGUGUGAGGACAUGGUCAGUUACUAUCGAUGUAGCUGCCCUGCCGGCUGGAACUGUGAAGAGAAUAUUGACAAUUGCCAGUCAAGUCCAUGCGUUCAUGGCAACUGCACAGACGAAGUCUCAGCGUACAAAUGUGUCUGCCUGCCUGGUUUCACAGGCACUAAUUGUGAAGUGAGCCUGGACAACUGUCAAAAGCACAAGUGUGCCAAUGGAGCUACCUGCAUUGACACAGUGAGCAAUUAUUCAUGUAAUUGCCCGAGUAACUUCACUGGAAGGUUUUGUCAAUACCAUAGAUUAUCUAUUACAUUUUGCCAUGAUGAGAACCAUAAUUGGACCUGUUACAAUGGAGGCAACUGUACCGAGGAGAAAGAUGCAAGGUGUACCUGUCCCUUAGGAUUCACUGGAAGCCUAUGUGAAAUCGACAUGGAUGAGUGUGAAUCAAACCCUUGUCUUAAUGGAGGUUUCUGCCAAGAUCUGCCCAACAAGUUUCAGUGCAUCUGCGACAUGAGCUUUGCUGGUGACCGCUGUGAGUUUGAUUUGAAUCAGGAAGCUUGGACGUCAGAGCUUCUUCUUUAUACUGGGUUGGUCACCGUCGUGUUGUUGCUGAUUUUCUUUCUAGUACUUGCUGCCACUAUUAUGACCCUGAAUAAAAGAGCAACACAUGGGGCCUACAGCCCAAGCCGGCAGGAGAAGGAGGGAUCACGAGUGGAGAUGUGGAACAUGGUGCAACCACCACAAGUGGAAAGACUUAUUUGAACGAAGCUUAACCAAUUGUUUCAGUACCUGUUGUCAUAUCACCUCUGCAUGUAUAGGCUGAGGACUAUUCAAUUCAACAUCUUGCAAGAAAUGCUUUAUUAGUAUGUAUUAGAUAUUCUCUGUUACACAUUUGCGGGCAUCACCGGCAAGGCCUAUUUUAAUGCCAAUCUCUAACUACCCAUGAGAUGGUACUAAUGAACUGCCUACUUGAACUGUGGCCCAUCAACAUGAAUGUACCUUUACAGUGUAGUUAACUAGGUAAUUCCACUUUAAUCUGUCAAUUGCUUGCCCCAAUAUUCAAAAAUGCUAUUGAAAAUUGUUCUUCCUCAAAAUCGUCAACAUAUAAUGGGUCUUAAUGCUAAUAACUAAGAGAUAUUAAGAAUACAAAAUGUGCACAAAUACAGAAAGUUAGAUGCAAUUGGAUGGUUUAGCCAAGGUAAUAAGCGAACGUACCAACAACUCUUAGGCGUUACCAUUAAAAACAAGAUGGUCAGAAAUGGAGCAUCAAACCCCUCAUGACAGAUGAAAAUUGAACCAAGUGCAUCUCAAACAGGUGAAAAUGUUAAAAUUCUUCUCUUUCAUUUCAUUGUAGUUGUUCAAAGUUUUUUUUUGUAAUACAGCACUGUUUUUCACAUUAAUGUGCUCAAGAUCACCAAGACCAGAGCAAAGCAUCACAGAAUUACAAAUUGUGGCCUGAGAAAAUUGAUCUUUUGAGUUGAUUUAGAAUUAAGAUGGACAAAAACAGAUUAUAGUUUUGCCAACAAGUGGAAACUUAAGUGGAAACGUGACAAAAUAAAAAUAUUAGACACAACUUAUAAUGGUUUUAAACAUGUUGAAAACAUAUUAUCACAGUGUAAAUCUUUGUAUAACAAUACUGUAAGUGUUACAAACCAUGCAGCUACACUACUUUUUUUCGGAUGAAAUAAACCUUUGUUACACAUAUUCAAAUUAGUCUCUAGUUUCAAGCUAGUUCUUUGAAGGAAUCAAAGCUGGUUAAUAUUUCAUGGGUCAAUUCUGCACCAAAAGAGGCCAUGUAAGAUGUUCCUUCAGUUCUUCCUUUUUGCAAGCACUUUUUAUUUCUAGUACUUUCUUAUUUCUUAGUUCUUUUUAACUCUGGAAAAAUUGACAUUUUUUUAUUUGUAUUGAGACUGCUUUGAAGAAUUGUUGAAUGGAGUGAGGUUAAUAUUUACCAGAUCAUGCUUUAAUCUCCAUCUGCAUUGAACAAACAUUUUAAAUGGAACACAUGUUCAAAGUAGCCUGGUGAAUUGAUUAUUUUCAGUAUCUGACUAACACGUAGCAUUGUAUGGCAGAAUUGAGAAAAAUCAGCUGAAGGAUGUUUAUUAGAUUUUGAUUUUUUUCCUGAUUUGGGAAUGUUUUUAUUACUAUCCACAUUGUGGGGGAUGUUAAUCGUCAAAGAGUUCAAGGUCUAGUGCCAUACAGAUGGUGUUUGCUCCAAUCAGUGCGAUUAAAUACAAGGAAUAUUAGCAUAAGUCGCAUGGGGUCAGUUUUAAUGUGCAUAUACUAAGAAUGUCAAGGAACUUGCUAUAGUUAUGAUUAAUUCCAAAGAUAUGUGUUUGUUUAAAAUAAGUGAGAAGGCGCUGUUGAUGAUGGUAUAAUAAAACUAUCAAGACAAAUUGGAGGACAGGAAGUGCAUGGACAUCAGCCAGUGAGAACAGCAAGAAGAGUUUAAAAGGAGAUAGAUUUAUAGAGUAGGUGACAGAGUAGAGGGAGACAGAGUAGGAGGACUUUGGCUCAACGGGGCUUCAGCGAUAAUGGGUCAAGGCGAGGUAGGUUGACUGUGUAGAAUACAGACAGGAAGAAUGUGUGUGAGGCCAGUGUUCCAUGCUCGGUGUCAGAUGUGGGAUGUCCAGGAGACUCCCAGCCUCCCAGACGGCCACAUCUGUGCCAGGUACUUCAAGCUGCAGCUCCUUAGGGACCGUGUUAGGGAACUGAAGAUGCAGCUCGAUGACCUUCAUCUGGUCAGGGAAAGUGAGGAUGUGAUAGAGAGGAGCUAUAGGCAGGUAGUCACACCAGGGCCUGGGGAGACAGAGAAGUGGGUAACAGUCAGGAGAGGGAAGGGCAGGAGUCAGAGGCUAGAGAGCACCCCUGUGACUGUCCCCCUUGACAGCAAGUACUCUUGCUUGAGUACUGUUGGGAGGGAUGGCCUACUUGAUGGAAGCAACAGUGGCUGCACCUCUGGCGCAGAGUCUGGCCCUGUGGCUCAGAAGGGUAGGGGAAGGAAGAGGAAGGCAGUAGUGAUAGGGGACUCUAUAGUUAGGGAGUCAGACUGGUGAUUCUGUGGACACAGGAAAGAAGCACAGAUGGUAAUUUGCCUCCCAGGUGUCAGGGUCUGGGAUGUUUCUGAUCGCAUCCACGAUAUCCUGAAGUGGGAAGAACAGCCAGAGGUCAUGGUACAUGGUACCAAUGACAUAGGCAGGAAAAGGGAGGAGGUUCUGAAAACAGAAGACAGGGAGUUAGGAAGGAAGCUGAGAAGCAGGACCUCAAAGGUAGUAAUCUCGAGAUUACUGCCUGUGCCACGUGACAGUGAGUAUAGGAAUAGAGUGAGGUGGAGGAUAAAUGCAUGGCUGAGGGAUUGGAGCAGGGGGCAGGGAUUCAGAUUUCUGGAUCAUUGGGACCUCUUUUGGGGCAAGAGUGACCUGAACAAAAAGGACGGGUUGAACUUGAAUCCCAAUGGGACCAAUAUCCUGGCAGGUAGGUUUGCUAAGGCUAAUGGGGAGUGUUUAAACUAGAAUUGCUGGAGGGUGGGAACCAAACUGAAGUGAUGGAGGAAGAGGUGAUUGGCUCACAAAUAGAGAAAGCUUGGAGAGGGAGGAUAGACAGGAGAUAGAGAAGUGAUGCGCUCAGAUCGAUGGUUUGAGAUGUGUCUAUUUUAAUGCAAGGAAUAUUAUGAACAAAGCGGAUGAGUUUAGAGCGUGGAUCAGUACUUGGCACUAUGAUGUUGUGGCCAUUACAGAGACUUGGAUGGCUCAGGGGCAGGAAUGGUUACUUCGAGCACCAGGCUUUAGAUGUUUCAGAAAGGACAGAGAGGGAAGCAAAAGAGAUGGGGGAGUAGCACUGUUGAUCAAAGAUAGUGUCAUGGCUGCAGAAAAGGAGGAAGUUAUGGAGGGAUUGUCUAUGGAGUCUCUGUGGGUGGAAGUUAGGAACAGGAAGGAGUCAAUAACUCUACUGGGUGUUUUUUUUAAUAGACCACCCAAUAGUAACAGGGACAUUGAGUUGCAGAAAGGAAGACAGAUUCUGGAAAGGUAUAAUAAUAAGGGUUGUCGUGGUGGGAGAUUUUAAUUUCCCAAGUAUCAUUUGGCAUGUCCCUACAGCGAGGGGUUUAGAUUGGGUGGAGUUUGUCAGGUGUGUUCAAGAAGGUUUCUUGACACAAUAUGUAGAUAAACCUACAAGAGGCUGUGCUUGAUCUAGUAUUGGGAAAUGAAUCUGGUCAGGUGUCAGAUCUCUCAGUGGGAGAGCAUUUUGGAGAUAGUGAUCAUAAUUCUAUCUCCUUUACCAUAGCAUUGGAGAGAGAUAGGAGCAGACAAGUUAGGAAAACAUUUAGUUGGAGUAAGGGGAAAUAUGAGACUAUCAGGCAGGAGCUUGGAAGCAUAAAUUGGGAAUAGAUGUUCUUAGGGAGGUGUACAGAAGGAAUGUGGCAAAUGUUCAGGGGAUAUUUGUGUGGAGUUCUGCAUAGGUACAUUCCAAUGAGACGGAAAGGAUAAUAGGGUACAGGAUCCGUGGUGUACAAAGGCUGUUGUAAAUCUAGUCAAGAAGAAAAGAAAAGCUUACGAAAGGUUCAAAAAGCUAGGUAAUGAUAGAGAUCUAGAAGAUUACAAGGCUACCAGGAAGGAGUUUAAGAAAGCAAUUAGGAAAGCAUGAGAAGGCCUUGGUGGGCAGGAUUAAGGAAAACCCCAAGGCAUUCUACAAGUAUGUGAAGAGCAAGAGGAUAAGACAUGAGGGAAUAGGACAAAUAAAGUGUGACAGUGGAGAAGUGUGCAUGGAACCGGAGGAGAUAGCAGAGGUACUUAAUGAAUACUUUGCUUCAGUAUUCACAAAGGAAAAGGAUCUUGGUGAUUGUAGGAAUGACUUACAGUGGAUUAAAAAGCUUGAGCUAUUAAGAAAGAGGAUGUGCAAGAGCUUUUGGAAAACAUCAUUUUGGAUAAGUCACCGGGACGGGACGAAAUGUACCCCAGGCUACUGUGGGAGGCAAGGGAGGAGAUUGCUGAGCCUCUGGCAAUGAUCAAUGGGGACGGGAGAGGUUCUGGAGGAUUGGAGGGUUGCAGAUGUUGUUCCAUUAUUCAAGAAAGAGAGUAGAGAUAGCCCAGGAAAUUGUAGACUGGGGGUCCUACUUCAGUGGUCAGUAAUUUGAAGGAGAAGACCCUGAGAGGCAGGAUUUAUGAACAUUUGGAGAGGUAUAACAUGAUUAGGAAUAGUCAGCAUGGCUUUGUGAAAGCAGGUCCUGCCUUACGAGCCUGAUUGAAUUUUUUGAGGAUGUGACUAAACACAUUGAAUAAGGUAGAACAGUAGAUGUUGUGUAUAUGGAUUUCAGCAAGGCAUUUGACAUGGUAUACCCCAUGUGAGGCUUAUUGAGAAAGUAAGGAGGCAUGGGACACAAAGAGACAUUGCUUUGUGGAUCUAGAACUGGCUUUCCCACAGAAGGCAAAGAGUGGAUGUAGAUGCUUCAUAUUCUGCAUUUAGGUUGGCGACCUCAGGGAACUGUUCUGGGAUCCCUACACUUCGUGAUUUUUAUAAAUGACCUGGAUGAAGAAGUGGAAGGAUGGGUUGGUAAAUUUGCUUAUGACACAAAGUUUGGAGGUGUUGUGGAUAGUGUGGAGGGCUGUCAGAGGUUACAGCAGGACAUUGAUAGGAUGCAAAAGUGGGCUGAGAAUUGGGAGAUGGAGUUUAACCCAGAUAAGUGUGAGGUGGCUCAUUUUGGUCGCUCAAAUAUGAUGGUAGAAUAUAGUAUUAAUGGUAAGACUCUUGGCAGCGUGGAGGAUCUUGGGGUCCGAGUCCUUAGGACACUCAAAGCUGCUGUGCAGGUUGUCUCUGUGGUUAAGAAAGCAUAUGGUGCAUUGGCCUUCAACAAUCAUGGGAUUGAGUUUAAGAGUCGAGAGGUAAUGUUGCAGCUAUAUAGGACCCUGGUCAGAGUACACUUGGAGUACUGUGCUCGGUUCUGAUCAUCUGAAGGAUAUAGAAACUAUAGACAUGGUACAGAGGAGAUUUACGAGGAUGUUGCCUGGAUUGGGGGGCAUGCUUUAUGAGAAUAGGUUGAGUGAACUCGGCCUUUUCUCCUUGGAGCAACGGAGGAUGAGAGGUAACCUUAUAGAGGUGUAUAAGAUGAUGAGAGGCACUGAUCGUUUGGAUAUUCAGAGGUUUUUUACCCCGGUCUGAAAUGGCUAAUUUGAGAGGGCACAGUUUUAAGGUGCUUGGAAGCAGGUACAGAGGAGACACUGAGGAUAAGUUUUUUAACCUGAUGGCAUGAACAUUGAUUUCUCAAACUUCUGGUAAUGUCACCCACCCCCACCUCU